UCGAUAGCGAAAGGAAAUUUGUUUACGUGUUCCCCAAUAAUUGAAUGAAGUGAACUUUCUUUGUACCGUGCUGAACGGUGGUCACCCUGGCCUGCCCUUCCUCAAACUGUCCCUCUACGCUCUCGACCAUCUAACGUUAGCUGUGUGCGUAUGUGUAUUGACGUUCGUCAUCCACACCCAUCAUGGACGCUACGCAAAAGAUUGAGAUGUCUCAAGACUUCUCCACAUACGUCGAGAAGCACGAGAUCUACCCAUUAUUUCAGUCUUUGAUGAAGGAUGUGCUUGUAAACAUGCCGGAAGACCCUCUGCAGUUUCUUAUUGAAAAGUUGGAGCUACCGGCCGACAUAGCAAACCUUCCGAAAGUGAUUGUGACUGGGCCGCCGUGCAGUGGAAAAUACACACUGUGCAAUGCCGUGGCUGAGAAGUUACACUGCGUGCACAUUGUUGCAAAGUGGUUACCAGAUGCAGACAAGACCGGACUUGGAGCAGAGGCAAAGAAACUUGAGAAGACAGGCAAGAGUAUUCCACCUCAACUAUGGGCUGAUAUGUUCCAAGCACGGAUAAAUCAGGAGGAUUGCCAGCGCAAGGGCUGGAUUAUCAGUGGCUUUCCACAAACAAGAUCGGAGGCAGCAGCUCUUCAACGCACGGGUGUGAUUCCAACACAUUAUUUCUCUCUCACGAUGGAUGCCAAGCUGCUGGAAGAGCGACUUGGCGGCAGGCUGAUAGAUCCCCGCACAGGUGAUGUUUAUCACUCAGUGCUCAUGAUGCCGAAGGAUGCAGUGGUGGCUAAGCGACUGGUGCAGGAAUCCGGCUAUACGCUAGAUAACCUCCAUCAGCGUCUCGGUCACUAUAAAACGCACUCACCAGCUGUGGACAGGUCUUACCAGCAGUGUGCCUACGAAGUGUCUGCUGAUCAACCGCACACUGAUGUCAGGGCUGAGGUACUGACGAUUCUGGGCAAGCGGCUGAGAAACGAUGCACCCAGGACGCCGCACUUGGUCAUAUUCGGCCCGUACGGUGCUGGCAAGAGUACACAGGCUGCCUUGCUGGCAGAUAAGUACCUGAUGGUGAACGUGUCUUGUGACCAGCUUAUCAAGCAGGAGGUUACCGGUGGGACACAGACUGGUCGUGCCAUGCAGACCUAUGUUGACAAGGGCAUUAGCAUUCCAGAUGAACUGGUGCUCAACAUCCUGAAACGGCGUCUCAGCCAGAAAGAUUGCCAGGGAAGGGGUUGGGUUCUACACGGCUUCCCGAAAACAGGCAGCCAAGCUCACGCAAUGGAACGUGCUGGCUUUGUCCCGGACAGAGUGGUAUACCUGAACAUACCGGAAGGGAAGGUCAUCGAGAGGCUAUCAAACCGCAGAGUGGACCCCGUCACAGGAGAACGCUAUCACCUGAUCACCAAAGUACCCGAAGCAGACAUCACGGCCCGCUUGGUGACACAUCCUGAUGAUGAGGCGGAUGCAAUCCGAAAGAAGCUACAAUUGGAGGCGGCGAAGAUUGAAGACCUGAAGGAUUACUACUUGGAGAAGGCAGUUGAAGUGGAAGGUAGCUACUCGGCACAGACUGUCAUGGAAGGCAUUGAAGAAGUACUCGUCUAUCCCAUGCAAAAAGAGGAGAUUGUCAUUACCGACUUGACCGAUGAUGAGUAAAGUUAGACGGUGACUACUGAAACGUCUGCCAUACAGUGGGAUGAUUGCAUCAGUGUCAGUCGACGAUAAAUGCACCAUGUUGGUUCUCUCAGUCCAUGCAAUGCUGUGCUUGAUGUUCUGCCAGUAGUGAUCCAGUGCAGUCCAAAGACAAUUUAAGUUGAAGCCAUGGUAUUCACCAGCUACUGCACUGGCAUGCCUAUCCCACUGAGAUACACUCAUCCUAAUCCCAGGCUAUCAUGCCUACGCGAUGAUAGCCGUGUGCAUGUGUAGCGACUUACAUGUACAUGUGCACUAUAUGGUAUGGUAUGGUAUGGUACCUUGAGCCCAACCAUUCAGAGGCUCUAGAUCUUCUAUCCUGUGUUUGAAAACUGCACAAUCAUGUGUCUGUACUCCACUGGAUGACUCAGUAUUGAAUUAGCUAAAUGUCUAUUAAAAUAGUAGGUGUGCAAGUAGCAGUACAAUAUCUCCUUUACAACUCUUUACAUGACAUUACAUGUAUGUGCAUGUAACUUACAUACCAGUGGCAAUUUGCAGCAUCACAGUUUACAUACAGCUCACCGCCACAUGACAUUGUACCAUGAUAUACAAUGACACUGCACGUCAUGCACUAGGAAAUCACUGGAUGGGCGCAUAGUUGGUUGAAUCACUUGAAGUACCCCGGCCCUACACUACCAUUGUUAUGUUUAGUUUAAAAUAGUAACUGUUGGUAUUCUUCUUUUCUAGCACCAGUACCAAACAUGGCUUGGUCAUUGUCUUGUGCAGCCAGUCCCGCUCCUCUCUGGGGUGACUUGGGCAGUGCAUGAUCACAUGAUUCAGGCUCAGGUCCAUGCCGGGUAUGUUUUCUAUCCGUGCACAACACGAGCAUUGAUUCAAUUGCUGAGUUGCAGCAUUGCAGCA